GGAGAGGAGAGGACGCAUGUGGCAAGUCGCAGCUGGUUUGGCUGUGUGCAUGGAUGUAAACGCCUGCUUCUUCUCCUUGCUCCUUGAAUGCACAGAUGAUGAGAGGUCGUCCGGCUAAUAGAUAAGCGGAGGACAGAGCUGCUGGCAUCACAUCGCUUGGCACACAUUUCGGUGUGUUUAUGCUCGCAGUAUGGACGGGCUGCAGGGAGAAAAUGCUGGAGUUGGCGGCAUCGAGGAAAACACGGAGGAAAGGUAUCGUGCGUUAGCCUAUGACACCGCUCUGAGCACUUUGGUGGCAGUGGUCGUCUACGUGUUGGUUAAAGUAAGUCUGGAUGGUAUCAGACAGUGGCGUGCCAGGAUCUCGGUGCUCAUCGUGGGGUCGGGACCAGUGGGGCUGACGGCCGCUCUGGUCGCUGUCCGCUCCGGUAAGGUGCUGAAACUGACCGUGCUGGAUGAGAGGUACCGGACUGCCCUGCUGUGCCGGCCCCAGCAGAUCGCACUGGAUCCCCGCAGCGUGAAGUUUCUGCUGGGACUCGGGGUGGACUUUGAUAACAUGGAGGGCUGCUGGCACAACGAGCAUUUCUUCACCAGGAUAGGCGUGUUUCAGGAGUACCUGCUGAGCAUCCUGGAGCAGAAGAAACAGAAGGUGGAUGUCAAGGUGCAGCUGGGGACCAAGUUCACAGAGGACUACCUGCGGCGGAUCCCACACAAUGACUGGCCACGUGUGAUCGUGGUGGCUGAUGGGUCAUGUGGCGACUCCUGCUCGGUGCUGGGCAUCAGCUCUGACUACACUGUGGAGUCCUGUCAUGCCUAUGGAGCUAAUGCAACGAUAGAGAGACUAGACCAGAGACAGGUACCCACCCCUGAGAUCCGUGCCCACAGCCUUUACUUUGACCUGUCUGCUUACGGAGUGGAGGCUCUCCGAGAGCACCGAAAUCCAACGACCAAGCCUGGCUUCCACCUGAAGAUUUAUGGCACCUUUAGAAAUCGCUACAUGGCCCUCGUGUGUCCUGCCUCUGACACUAAGAUGGUCCGCUUCCUCAGGCACACGGCCAACUCCUCUAUCAUGAAGAACAUCUUUCACCAGUCCUUUAAUGCCUACAAGACAGACAUAGAGCCUCGUCUAAACGAUGUGACACUUCACCACAUGCAGUGCAGCCGCCGUCUCUUUGAGAUUCAGUUAUCACACAGACGCAUCAGCGCUGCUUACAUAGAAGGGGACAACGUGGCAGUCACUGUGGAGGGCGAGGCAGCACGAGUGCUCAACUUUGACACAGGUUGUGGGGUGAAUCUAGGUAUGCGGGGUCUGGAGUCAAUGGGGACGUUCAUUUACAGGACAGCCACUGCUGUGGACCAGAAUGAUAUCCUUGAGGCACUGUCGGCUAAGAUGCAGCACUCCAGACAGGUGGCAGAGACCUUCAAGCAGACAGGCCUGUCUGAAUCAAUGUAUGAAUGAAACAGGAGGACGACCUGAUGUGCAUAAUGCCACCUAGUGGAAAGUGGCGGUGGAUUAUAUGUGUUUACAAUGAAUGUUUACAAUGAAUCAUGAGUCUGACGCUGACAUGGACCACUUAUGGUUACAUACUGAAUGGAUCUGAAUGAGCGUUAGCUGUGAACAGAUGGAUAAUGGAUGUAAACAUGUGAUCAUAAGUCUUUGUGACAUGCAGUUAGUGCAUCUACUCGUAAUGGAUGCAGAGAGAAUCAUCAAGGCCAGAUUUAGUACAGUUCUGUUUUCCAGGUUGCAAAACCCGUUAAUGCAGGGAAUUAUGGCAGAAAGAGCUAUAUAAUGUCUAACAGCUGCAAUGAAACAAUAUACACUGACUACUAAUGAACUGCGCUUUGAUUUGGAUAAAGUUUGAGAAUGAACGGGAAAGAAAUCUAGCCCUGAGAGACUAGGAGUAAUUAGAAUAAAUAAAAUCUCUGAUCUUCAUCAUUGUCAAUACUGUCAUCUUUUCCUCGUAUUCAGGAAAGAAUUGACUUGAAUUGACUAAAAUCUAGCCAGUUGUGCUCUCUGGACAUCACAUCAGUGAUGUUUGAGGAAACUAGACUGUGCAGUAGCAUCGUCGGCUAGAACUGAAAAAUGUAUAAAACUGUGAUUGUCUAUGAUUUAACAGAGGAGGUAGCUGCUCCAAAGUGUUCUGCUCCAAAGCCUUUUUGUCUUUGUGUUUGUUUGACAAUGUGGUGAUAAUUGUGCUAAUGAAGUUCUGCAGUACUUGCUAGGGUGGCCUAUUUUUGUGUGCCGCUUUGUAAAUUAAGAUUUUUGGCAUAUUUCAAAAAUGUAGGCCACUGCAACCAUAUCAUGGGCCAAAUGUAUUAUUAAAAAAUAAUUUUGCUGGUGUCAGAUUUUUACUUUCCUUUUUAUAUUUUGCUCCUGGUAAUCAGAGAGGACUCAAAUAUCAUCUGUAAAAGCAAAAAAAGAGUGUGCUGAUAAUAAUGUCCUGCUCCUGUUUAAGUGCCAAUAAAGAUGGUGAUUUGGCAA